AUGGGAUACAGUAUCUGUCAAAGACCGCUUCCUUGUCAUCAGAAACACGCCGUCGUGGACCAAGGCUCCCGAUUCCGCGGCAAACCGGACACUCGGAUGUGCAAAACGACGACGGAUGCUGACAGAAUGGACGAUGCUGGCUCCCAGAGAAAGCGUAUUGCCGUUGCCUGCGGUCGCUGUCGCCAGAGAAAGAUUCGUUGCAGCGGAGAUAACGGAACGGGAGAAGCGUGCACCAACUGCAGGAGUGCGGGAGUUGGACCUUGCCAGUUCUUGAGGGUUUCGUCCCAGGAAGUCUCCGGCGUCAGGCAAGAAAACUUCUACAACAUUGCUGUAUCACGCAAGUUUGCCCGAACCUCGGCAGCCACCUCGGCGCUGCCCGCGUCACCGCCUUACAGCUACAAUAACAUGGUAUCGAUGGGGCACAGCGGGAGUGUGAAUCAGCACGAGACUCCUUACGGCUGCGUGGGAAAACACUACGGCCAGACGGGCGAAUGGGUCAACGGGUACAAUGGCGAACAUUCCACCCCCUACGUCUCCUCACCGCAAGGCAUCGCCUUGGACGAGCACCAAUACAUGAUGGGAGCGUAUCGGUCCGGAGGUUCAAUGGUGGCUAGAAGCAACGACAUGAUGUACGACGAAGCAGAUGGCGGGUACGGAUGCCCCAGUGGUGGAAGUCCUGCCGGGAUCGGGGCUCGUCCGACCGGUGGGACAGACGCAGGAUAUUCGUUCGCAAACGGAUUUCCCUGCUAUGCCGCCGCUGCGGUGGACAGUGGCGGAGAAAGGAUCAUGUCGCAUCCCGUGGACAGAUCUUGUGCUGCCGGCCCCCUGGGUGCCGACGAAACAAUCAAUCGCCGCACCGCGCAGGCGAUUCACGGGACGGAGCACCCUGCCCUUGUGGACUUGAGCUACCACGGUGGCUACGGCAACAGCCCGUGCAACACGUCUUCCAUGGAGAGUACCGCCGACAUGUACACGACCGCGCCGACGUCGGACGAGCUUCUAGCACACGGACACCUCCGACCGCCCAUUCCCGAGUAUGCCUAUCGGUACACGGCGGACGCUACGUCGGAACGGGGUCAGAUGUCCGAAAGCAUGCUGGCCAUGGGAGACCAACAGCAAGCCGUGCAGGGCCGCGGGUGCUACAUGGGCGGGACCAGUCUGGGAUCAACCUCCCCCUUGGGGACGGGCGCCAGCCGCGGCCGCGGCCGCUCCGCAGCUCUUCACCGAUGA